GUCAGUUUCGAGCGCGGCCUCGGCUGCCUGUGAAUGCGGAAGUCUUUUAUAGAUAGAAGGUGAGAAGACUUGGAUAGCAAGAUUUGUUACACCAUGUCUUGGAUUCGUGACAAGGAGCUAUCGCUGAUUGAACGCUUAUGUGCAAAUGUCCUUAAGGCUGGCCCUAUGCCCAAACAUGUUGCAUUUAUCAUGGAUGGGAACAGAAGAUAUGCAAAAAAAUGCCAUGUGGAGCGACAGGAGGGCCAUUCGCAGGGAUUUGAAAAGCUUGCUGAGACAUUGCGUUGGUGUCUAAACCUUGGAAUUUGUGAAGUGACCGUGUAUGCUUUCAGCAUUGAGAAUUUCAAGCGUUCUAAGGAUGAGGUGGAUGGCCUUAUGGAGCUGGCUCGCCAGAAGUUCACACGUCUGCUUGAAGAGAAAGAUAAACUUCAGAAGCAUGAAGUUUGUAUACGAGUGAUCGGUGACCUGAGUUUGCUUCCUCUAGACAUCCAGAGGCUUAUUGCACAGGCAGUCCUGGAAACCAAGGAUUACUCUAAGUGUUUUUUAAAUGUUUGCUUUGCAUACACAUCCCGACAUGAAAUCAGCAAUGCAGUUCGGGAAGUAGCUUGGGGAGUACAAGAAGGCCUAAUAGAACCCGGGGAUGUGUCCGAGAAUCUUCUGGACCAAUGUUUGUACACCUCACAAUCCCCUGAUCCUGACCUUCUUAUCCGUACGUCUGGUGAAGUCCGACUUAGUGACUUUCUUCUUUGGCAGACUUCUCAUGCCUGCUUGGUAUUCCAGUCAGUUUUGUGGCCAGAGUACACCUUUUGGAACUUAUGUGAGGCUGUUCUGCAAUAUCAGCACAACUACAGUGCAAUCCAGAAAUCCAGAGAGCUGUACAACAAAGAGCGAUCUAGACUGCAAAAUGAAACUGACCAGACCUGCGUACAGAAGAAUAUGUCUCAUGUAGAGUACAGUGACGGAAAGAAGAAAACAGAGGUUUUUCAGAAGCUAAUGCUUCAGUACAGGAGAGAAAGAGAACAGAGGACAAAAAACUUUUUAAGGGCACUGGAAAGAAAAAGAGACGGUUUUCUACAAUCUCUCUGCACAAAUUAAAUGGGAAUAUUGAUUGUUCUUGAGCAUAGAUUCACGUUUUCUAAUUAAAGUAUCUGAAGCAAGUCAUUAGGGAUGAGCGAAUCGACUUUGGAUGAAACAUCCAACAUUGGUACCUUGGAACCAAACCCUUUUUUUACAGUAUAAAUUAAUUUAUGACGUUAUUACGUGGUCUCGUGAGACUUCGCAAAGCAAUAACUUCAGCUCAUCUGAGCCAAUACAUUCUAAUACUGUACUAAUGCUUCAUCUGAAGUCGAUUCGCUCAUCCCUACAAGUCAUAUUCUGGGAAUUUCUUCAAAGGGGAGGUCCACUCGUUUAAAUGUGAUGGCCUAUCCUCAUGAUAGGCCAUUAAUAUCUGAUCAGUGGGAGUCAGACACACUGCUAAUCCACUGUUCUGCAUGGGAACUACAUAGCUCCAUCCGUUGUGAGGUGGACAGUAGUUCCGAUGCAGGACCUACUGCAGAACAGGUGUUGGUCUCCCGCUGAUCAGAUAGGCCAUCAGAGGAGUGAACAACCCAUUUAAUUAUAACUAGGUGAGGUAAUCAAUGUAUGUGGACUGGAAAGUCUCAACUGGUGCCACAAAGACCCAAACACAUGGCAUGCUGGUUGGGUUUCAAGACAGUAGGUGAGAAAUGUGGUGUGACAUCUAAUACUAGUGCUAUCCAAACUGUGUGAUUUUCUAGCUGUUGUAAAGCAACAACCCUCAGUAGUCUGUUCUAGUAUGAGACUGUAUACUGAGAGUUGUCAUUUUGCAGUCACAGGUUAGAUACCACUGCGUUAACAAAACAAAAAACACUAGCCAUGGUAGCCUUCCUUUCCUUGUUACUGUUUUAUCACAUCAUGGGCAUGAGAAGAAGAAGAGUUUAAGUCUGAGAAGUAAGCAGAAAACCUGACCCCAUAUUAGGGAUGAGCAAACCUGGAACCGAACCAGAGUUCGGGAAAUAGUUUUUUACAGUACAAAUUAAUUUAUUAAGUUAUUAUGCGAAGUCUCGCAAGACUUCGCAAAGCAAU